GUGAAGUGUCACCAAUAUUGGCCUGAAGUGAAUCACACUUAUGAGUUUCGAUUUCCAUCUGCUCUUGUGUCACGGACUGUUAAUGGGGCUGCAAUGGAGACUGGCGGCGUUUUUUCGGCUACAGGUUCGCCCGUUGCCAUGGAGCUGCAUCUGACCACAGUUCUUGAACAGGUGGCUUUACUUACCAAGAGUUAG